AUGACGGAGACCGAACAAGAACUUUUUCCUUACGAACAGGUGUACCUCCGACGACACGGCGUGGUCCCUCGACCCUCAUUCAACGCGCAGAACUUACGUUGCGCGCUUGACUACUUCUUAGAACGUGGCCAUGAAGACAUCCUGAUUGUCCUUCAUGGUAUUCGACAGGCCUCUUGCUCCAUGAUAUUCACGGAAGCGGAAUUGGCCAAGUAUUUCUCCUUUGCUUCCUGUCGCCGUCUCUGUAAAGAGACGCUGAUCGCUGAUGACGACAGGUUAGCCGUUUCUUCUUUUUUCAUCACUUUUUGGUCUGCCUUUAUCUUAACGGCUGAUUAUUCUGUAAUUGCCGCUGUCCCAAAAUUUUUUGCAUCUUUUAAGAUUUCGAUAAUAUCUUUUAAAUUAAAUUGCAGGAGUUUCCUUGGUAGUGGACUUGGAUACAACAGCCGUAGGUUGUUUUCAUACGGUAACCGUGAGAAGGGUUUUUUUUAA